GACGAACGUCUGCACAGCGAAUCGCGGCGACUGGGCCACAUGUACCUAAUUCUGAGUCACGACGAAUGGAAUUUACUAUUUCCUUGUGAGCACACCGUGAAUAAUUAUUCAUCCUUCCACUGCUCAACCGGAUCCAUGCUUGUUUGGAAACACUGAUUUUGAACGCAUCGCCCGAACACAGUAUCCACUGUUUACUGACGAGAGGACGUAUGCGACGGAACAAGAUGGCCGCCGCUAGAAAGCUGGAGAGGCUGAAUGAAAACCUCUUGUCUUGUUCCAUAUGUACAGAGGGAUACAAAGACCCUUGUACUCUGACCUGUGGCCACACCUUCUGUAAGGGCUGCCUUGCGGAAUUCCUGAAGACCAGACAAGACGCCAUCAGAGCCAAGUCCAUCCUGUGUCCCUACUGUCGUCAGAUGACCCGAGUUCCCCAACCUGACAGACCAGUGGAGGAGUGGGUGAAACAGAUCAAGCCCAGUUUCCUCAUACAGGGACUACUGGACACUCUGGCAUGUGAGGAAAAUCUUGCUGGUGGUACUGACAGCUGUUGCAGCUUCUGCCGGAAACUUGGAGACACAAAUCCAGCUAUCUCUUGCUGUCAGGACUGUGAUGUCCCACUCUGUGAGAGAUGUGUGAAGAUGCACAUGGCUGUUCCUGCUACAUCGAAUCACACGAUCGCUGAUCUUGGAGGAGCAGUGAAGAUCACAGGAAAAGAAAGACCAAUUUGCAAGGAUCACAACGAAGUCGUGGAUGUAUGCUGUAGAGACUGCAACAAAGCAAUUUGCCAAAAGUGUUGUACUAUAUAUCACAGGAAAUGCGAUUCUGUGGUCACUCUUGAGUCCUUGAUGUCUGAAAUGGAAAGUGUUCUGGAACAGAAUAAGAAACUGAUCACACAAAGGUUUGACGACAGGAACAAAUACCUUCUACAACACAGAUCACAGAUUGAUGAUAUCAGCCACAACAAAGACGCAGUAGAGUCACAGAUCAGACUGGAGUCACAGAAAGCCAUGGACGUGAUUAAACGGAAGGAGAAACAGCUGCUGGAGGAGCUGAAUGAGAUGACAGAGAAGCAGUCUGGACAACUGAGGGGAUGGAUAAAGUCAGGGGAAAUAGACAUGCAGAUGUAUCAACAAUACAUAGAGUACAUCACCCAGGUGUUGAAGUCUGGGAGUGAGACUGACAUGUUUCACAUUUACCAGAUGUGUCGGUCAGGGGCAAUCAAGGAGGCAACAGGCAGGGAAGUCGAUUUCACAGACAGAAUAAGUGAUUCACAACCAGUCUUCGUCAGUGAAAUAGAUGUGAAGAAAUUUGACAAGGAUGUGCGACUUGGUAGACUAAAGCACAAUACAUUUGACAAAAUUGAAGGGCCACUUUGUAAAAUACAGGAUGACUCUUUUAACGUCAAGUGCACACCAGUGUUACACAAAACAUUCGAUAUCAGGGUUGAGGGCGACAAGAAGAAGCCCGAUCCAGCUGAUGUCGCAGUCCUGGUCGUUGAUGGCGUAGAGGCACUGGUGGUCUCUGACUACAAUAAUAACUGUCUGAAGUCCCUCUACACAAAGAACAACCAAUCCCUGUACAGUAAACUAGAUCUUGCAAGUGAACCACUCACUGUGACGCGGUUGAGUGACAACCAGGUAGUUGUAUCUUUCUGGUCACGCAAUGAAAUUGUAACUGUACAGGUGACCCCUGACCUUGUACUACAGUCACGCGUACCAACACAGAAGACGUACAGAUGUCUGACAGCCUUGAGCCCUUCAACAUUAGCAGCAGGCUGUUGGCAUCCUCCCUGUGUUGACAUCCUGGAUGUAUCGGGGAGGGUGUUGAGGUCAGUCAGUUCACUCAGUACUGGGGAUAACCUGAUAAGCAGAUCCAGGUUCCUCUGUAGUACAAACGAGGGCAACAUCCUGGUGUCAGAUGGUGGGUACGUCUACUGUAUUACCCCCGAAGGAGAUGUUGUCUUUAUCUACAACCCUAAAGGAGACAGAAGACUGAGGGGACCACAAGGCAUGACAACUACCAGCACAGGACACAUCCUUGUGGCAGACAACUGGGCACACAAGGUGGUAGUACUGACAGCAGCAGGGGGGUUUGUCAGAGACCUGCUGACAUCACAGGAUGGAAUUGAGAAACCAUUCGGUUUGUUUCGCUGUGAACAGAAACUGUAUGUUGCGCAACAAAACGAAACUGUUAAAGUUUAUACGUCUCAGUGAAUUCUCUGUUACAUUUAAUUCACGUUACAGAUUCACGUGGAUCACAUUAAUAGUUCGUUUCCACGAACCUUACUUUAAAUGUGAAUGUGUGCUUGUAUUUGUGUUGUGUGGCAAAAAACAACUCGUUCAUUCAGAAAAAAUAGUACACUUCAAAAGAACUAUUAGUUGACUUGUUAGAUGAACCUGAUUAAACUAUCUCCUCCUUGUUCAUUAUGAUUGAUUGUGUGCAUAGAUACGGGAGUGGCAUAGACACCUGUACAUGCAGAACUCUUAUGCUUGUAGUGACCGCCUCCGUGGUCUAGUGGUAGAGCGUCCGCCCGGCGAGCGGAAGG